AUGAUCCGCGUGCUCCUUCAAGAUUACCAUGCGAGGCUUCGCAAAUACCGUCAGAGAAUUGACCAAAAGAAGGCCAGAUGCUGUGAGUUCAUGGGCGAGAAGGACACAAAUCUGCUUCAGCAGAAGGUGACUGAACGAGCCCGUGAGCAGAGAGCGACACGCGAUGCAGCGCUGGGAAACAAAUUCCACAGACCGCCUGAUCCAAUGUCAAUCAGAGGCGGCACACUGAUACGCAACCUAUCGUCAAAGGAACUGACGAAGGAGCAAGUACAGGUUUUAGAGCACGAAGCCUCAUUCAACACAGCUGACGCCAAACCUGUCAACAUGAUUGCAGCAGUGGAAUCGGUCGUUAAUCAGAUGGAAGCGGCGGAGGAGACGAAGAACUUUAUCCGACACCAAGUGUCGUCCCUCCUUAUGACUCACAAGCCGAGCGAAAUACUCCCAGAGGUCGAACGCGAUGCACUAAGAGAACUCAAGGCCGACAGGGACAUCGUCAUCAUGCCCGCGGACAAGGAACAUUCCACCGUUGCAUUGGACAGAACAGACUACCUUCAGAAGGCCAAAAACCUACUGGAGGAUCGCCAGUUUUAUGUCCCAUGUGAAACCAACCCCGUAAAGACACUGACACGCGAAAUUAAUGCGACACUGUUGGCACUGGAGAACUCGGGUGCAAUAACACCGACCGACCGACGCAUGGCGAGAGCCCAAGAAACGGCCUUGGCCCGAUUUUAUGGUCUCCUCAAGGUGCGCACGGAGGGCUCUCCUCCCCGGCCCAUUGUAUCGCUUAAAGCCACUCAAACGUACGGACUGGCAAAAUAG